CGUAAGCUGCAUCGCAGUCCAAAGUGAAUGACACAUGCGCUACACAAGACUAACAAUGCUCCAACCCAGAAAACGUGGAUCAACAAACCAAAUAUGCGUUAACAAACAGCUUCAGUAUCUUCCUCGUGUCUUGUGAUCUGAAAGUUUUGAUAUCAGAUUAAAAGGAUCAGAUCUGGAGCUGCACGUGAACUUGAAAUACAGAAUGCGCCAGUUACGAUGCAUCCUGCUUACAGUUUGUUUAAUUGCUGAGACAGUUGCCGAAAAAAAGUAUUGUUGGUACUUUGAAGGAGGUUAUCCUGUUUACUUUAUAUGCAAAACAUAUGAAGACUGUUGUGACACACAAUGCUGUGUACGAGUCCUUUCCAUCCAAAGGACAUGGUAUUUUGGGCUGUUGCUGGUGAUUGCCAUCGUGUGCUGUUGUGGUGCUGGGUAUUUCAUUCGCAGACGUGUUCACACUUACACUCUCCCUGAUGGACCUGAUUUCAAUGUGACCUUCACCAGACACCCCAUCCUAUCACCAGGACUGCGACAGGUCGGCUUUCAGAGUUACGGGGAUGCCGAGACCACAGUCAUUUCAACUGCCUACCCAGUGCGGACUCACCCCGCACAAGUGACAACUGUAUACCCAGCCCUCCAACCCCAUUACAGCCAACCUCCUCCUUCUUAUGAUCAAGCUAUAAAGGACUCACAGAAGAAAUAAAAAGAAAAAAGUAUCACACAAAACUCAGGUGUGACUCAACAGAUGAAAAUAGAGUACGUGUUAUAAAGUGUUGUAAAAGCAUUCAAACUGGGAUUGAGGCUUAUAGUCUUGACGUAAAGUGCAUGUGAAAUGUUAAGACUGAAGUAUGAGCUUGUUACAACAUAACAAAAGUAACAUGGUUGCCAACAAAUGGCUUGUUAUAAUUUCAAAAUAUAGUGUUCAAUAUUUAAGAUUUUAUUUUCUGUAAAAUAUAGUGCUCUAAAAUAGACUGAUGAUAACCGUUGCAUUACAUCCAUUUUUAAAUUGUAUUUUUGUUCAAGUUUGUCAUUCAUUUUAAAUGAAUAUAUUAAUUUUCAUUAAUAUAAAAACAAUACAAACUGUUCUAACAUGGUUCAGAUAUUUAGUAUUUUUUAUUAAAUAUAAGGUAGCCAAAUUUGUUUGAUAUAUUUUAAAACCGUAUUUUCUAUAACAUUUUUUAAAUUUGCUAAUGUCAUCAUAUUGAUAAUAACACCUAAAUAUUUUGCUAAGUUUAUCAUUGUUAGCGGUUAUUACCACCACAAGGUGGCGCUGCAGUGUCACAAGCUCACCCGCUAAGGUAUGAAGCCGACCACACGUUCUCCAACAUCAGUUUAUAAAGAGGUUGCGUUAUUAUUCCCCUGAAUGUAGCCUUCUGAUUCUGUAGCCAUUUUUAAGAACCGUCUGAAAACACAUCUCUUCCGUCAACACCUGAAUGAUCAGUUCUGACUUCUAUCUCUUUUCUACAAAAAAAAAACAUUUCUUUAUCUCUGUACACUGUGAUAGGCUAUAUGAGACCAAUUUUCUUUUUUUUGCACUUAUGCUUUUUGUUGUCCUUAUGUUGUUCCAAUUGCUUCCAUUGUUUCCCUCAUCUGCAAGUCGCUUUGGAUAAAAGCGUCUGCUAAAUGACUAAAUGUAAAUGAAUGACUAUUUAAUUAAAGUACCGA